AUGAUGAAGAACGAUUACGAGCCUAUUAAGACCCUUCGCAAAGAGGAAGGGAAGCUAAAGAUGCAAUUAAUAAUUCUUAAAGAUAGUAACACGCCUGAAUAUUUCAUAUCCCUUCAUCUAAUGAAUAUCAAUAUCUCUCAUUAAGAUUUGACUAAGAUGAGAAAAUUGAAAUACCUAAAUAUUAUUCAGCCUCAGAAUUACUAUGAAGAAGGAAAGGAAAAGAUUUUAAUAUUUCCAGAUAGUGGACCAUUAAAGUUGACCAAUAAAUAAUUGGCCCAAAAUUAUUAUAGAAUUUUGCUUUAGUUAGCGCUAACUUAUGCUGAAUUUGAAUAACGAUAAGUUAAUUGGCCUCUGAACGAAUUGUCACAGCUAUACUAUGCAGGAGGGAUAUUAUAUAUUUCUUUGCUAGAUUUUGAUUUUACCAAGCCCAUCCACAACCAAAGUCCUUUUUAAAUCUUUAGAGACUUUACUCUCAAACACUUCUCCUAAUACAUACCUAAUAUACAAAAUUUAUUUUAAUAGAAUUAGUUCAAGCCAGUAAUUGAAUUUCUAUUAGAGAAGAAUGGUGACUUACAUAAAGUUAAUUAUAUGUAUCCGCCGUAUGAAAAUGUCUUACUGUUUCUUCUAUCUUAGUAAAGUCCAAUAUAACUUCAUUCAAUAUAUGAAAUGGGUAACUCAGUGGUAAAGGGUUUCAACACACCAGAAUCCCUUAAGAUCACUUAUACUAGAUUAGGAGAUCAUAUAGUUUACAAAUCAACCAGAUAUCAGGCAGAAGAACAUAAAUAAUAAAUCUAAUAAAAUAUUCAAAGGGAAAUUGAGUUAAUGGAGUAAGCUUUUGAUUCGCAAUAUGCAGUCACAUGUUUUGCCUAUAUUAGGAUUUUUGAGUAUUCUUUUCUCUUGUAAAAGAAAUUCGUGCGAACAUUAGCAUAAUUUUUAACCGAUUGGUGCAAAUAAACUGAUAGAGAAGAAAAAUAGACAAUAAAGGACGUACUCCUUAUCGCAAAUAGAUUUGCAUUAGGUAUUAAUUAAAUUUAUAAAGCCCUUAAAUCACUAAAAUCAUUCAACAUUCUGCACAGAGACCUCAAGCCUGAGAAUUUAUUUUUAGAUCACGAACAGAUUCACCUGAGCUACAUAUAUAUUGCUGAUUUUGAUCGUUCCAAAUAAUUCCAAGGAUAAUUGGGUGACGUUAUGACUACUUAAAAUGUUUAGAAUACUCCAAAGUAUGAUCCUCCAGAAACUACCUAAUCCUUUUAUUAUGACGUCUAUUAAUUCGGUCUCAUCAUAUUGACCAUAAUGAACAAAGGCAAGUACAUUGGAAAUGAAAUAACAGGAUCAAGAUAUUUCUCCCAAGAGGAUCACAAUAAGUAUUAUAGCAAACAAGCCAUCAAAAAUGCUCUUAGUCAUACAAAAUACUCUGAAUAGUUUAUUGACAUCAUCUCUCAGUGUUUAUAGAGAGAACCAAAAGAGAGGCCUGAUAUCUAAUAAAUAUACUCAAUUAUUAAUCCAUUAUAUUUAGAUACAAAAAUAUAGAAGGUUCGACAGACUUAACCUGCGAGUGAAUCUCCAGCAUAACAAAAUAUUUAACAAAGUCGAAUCAAAAGUAACCCUACAGAUAAUGCAAUGUAUGUACCUAUUCUUCCAACACCAAAUCAAGAUGAACCUUCAAAUUUUUUUUACUAGAACAAUGUUGAUAGUGGGUAUUAGUAAGACCCUUAAUAAUAUCAGCAAUAUCCAUAAUAUUGGCCUAACCUAUAAUAGAUUCCUUAUCAAUAGUAAUAAUAGCCUACUUUUUAAUAUUAGACUAAUUAAUCAUAACAGAAUAAUCAGCCAUAAUACAUUGAUUAUUCAUAACAGAAUAAUCAGGCAUAAUAGUAUCCCAAUAAUUAACCCCCUUAACAGCCAAUUUAAGGAUUUUUUUCUUCACAUACAGGAAGAGUUAUAUUAUAUAGUUAAUAGUAACCGAAUCAGCCUGUUAAUUAUAAUUAGAACUAAAAUAAUGAGCAGAACCAAUAGUAAAUGUAUUAAAAUUAUAAUCCCUAAAAUAAUGUAAACUAAUUUAGAUAAUUUAACAACAACAAUACUCAACUUCAAAUUAAUAAUCCUAAUCAUAAUUUCUAGGACAAUGGAGUCCUGAAUUUGAGUCAUUAAGAUUCUCCUACUUAAGUUUCUCCUACUUAAUAUCAGCCCUAAACCCCAACAUAAAUUCAACUCCCCUCAAAUCCUAAAAUAAAAAUCAUAUCCAUGUAAUCUCCUGGUCAAGAAAAGAAUACUCCUUAUUGAUAAAUAAUGAUUGUGAACAAUAAUUAAUUUUAUAAAUUAACACAUUUAU